AUGUCUACCGAAGCCAACGCCCGCGCAUUCUUCUCGUCGCCCUACUUUGCCGUUGUAGGUGCCAGCUCAAACCCCGCCAAAUUCGGCCACAAGAUCUUUGCCUGGUAUACUUACCACUCCUUGCCGGCAACACCCAUCAACCCGGGCUCAGCCACUAUCUCAGUAGACACCCAGGCCUACGACACCAAGCCAGCGCUCUCGGCGCUGCCACACCCCAAGGAGACGUCCGUGUCCAUCAUCACGCCGCCGCCGGCUACACUCCAGGUCCUCAAGGAGGCAAAGGAGCUUGGCAUCCCUGCCGUUUGGCUCCAGCCGGGUACCUUUGACGAUGCCGUCCUAAAGUUCGCCAGAGGUAAGGCCGAGGAUGGCGGGUACGGCGGCGAGGUCGUAGCUGGAGAUGGAGGCAGGGGUCAUGAGGGCUGGUGUGUACUGGUGGACGGGGAGAAGGCUUUGAAAGCUGUUGGCAAGUUGUAG